AUGGCAAACGUCGCAGAAACAUGUCUUGAAAGAAUAGGCUGGGGCAGAUAUAGCUUAUAUCCCUUUAUAGAUUUCUUUAUCGAGCAGAAUGUACUGGAUUAUUAAACGACCAAGAGAGACUCUAUUAAAGGAACGGGCUGGAUAUCUAUAUCAGGAAGUGAUAAAAAGUGACAUGUCAAAAAAUGGUGACAAGUCUGAAAAAAGUUGGCAAGUAAACGCGCCAAUUUUUAAAAUGGAUUUAUUAUUAAAAUAAUUUAAAACUUAAGAUACCCAAUUAGACAGAAGAUAUAAUUACACAUUAUAUAUUGGCUUUAAAUAUUUUGAUUUAUAUAUAUAUUUAAAUUUAAUAUUUAAAAUUUAAUAAUAGCUGUAAAAAUCAAAAACUUGCAACUCAAUGUUUAUUUUUCCGGCUCGAUGGAAUUUCUUUAUUUUCUGCUAAUUUAUUUAUGAAGACUAGAGCUAUAAUUUGCAAAGUGCGUGGCUUGUGUAUCUCAAUAUAUACAAAGUUCUUAUCGACUCAUAUGAGAAGUAUUUAGCAAAAAUCAAUAUGGCUUAUAAGUGAAAAUCAAAAACUUGCAACUCAAUGUUUAUUUUUCCGGCUCGAUGGAAUUUCUUUAUUUUCUGCUAAUUUAUUUAUGAAGACUAGAGCUAUAAUUUGCAAAGUGCAUGGCUUGUGAUUCCCAAUAUAAGAAGUUCUUAUCGACUCAUAUGAGAAGUAUUUAGCAAAAAUCAAAAACUUGCAACUCAAUGUGCAUUUUCCGGCUCGAUGGAAUUUCUUUAUUUUCUGCUAAUUUAUUUAUGAAGACUAGAGCUAUAAUUUGCAAAGUGCAUGGCUUGUGAUUCCCAAUAUAAGAAGUUCUUAUCGACUCAUAUGAUGUGUACUUAGCAUAAUUAAAUAUUGAUUAAAAUUAAAAUAUCUUAAGUUUUAAAUUAUUUUAAUAAUAAAUCCAUUUUAAAAAUUGGCGCGUUUACUUGCCAACUUUUUUCAGACUUGUCACCAUUUUUUGACAUGUCACUUUUUAUCACUUCCUGAUAUAGAUAUCCAGCCCGUUCCUUUAAUAGAGUCUCUCUUGGUCGUUCAAUAAUCCAGUACAUUUUGCUCGAUAAAGAAAUCUAUAAAGGGGUAUGAGCUAUAUCAAAAACUGAUAUUUUUAUGCAGCUGUGAAGCAGUUGCUACUGGUAUUGGUUCCUCAAUGCUUAUAUCUCUUAUCAUCACCCAAUUUCCAGAUCUCACAAAUGCUAAUAAAGGAGUUUUAGGAUCCAUUUUAAAUCUUGGGCUUCUUCUAGCUGCAGGCUACUCUGGCCGUAAAGCUGAUAAAUCAGGCAGAAUAGUUCUAUUUAAGAAAGGAUGCUAUAUCAUGAUGCUAGGCUUAAUUGCUUUAACCUUGUCACAUACAUUUUUAUCAUUACUUCUAUCCUUAUUCAUUAUAGGACUUGGCUGCGGACUUGAUAUGUCAAUAACUAACUCUUUGCUUAUGGAAAGUAUUCCAAAUUCGAGCAGAAAAUACUUAGCUUUGCUUUCAGUUUCUAUGAAUGUUGGAGCUACUUUUGUUUAUGCUUGUGCAUUGACAAUAGAGUAUUUUAAAGUUAUUACUAUUACUGAUUGGAGAGCAGCUGCUAUUGGAUUUACCAUUCUGCAUGGAAUAUUUAUUUAUCUCAGAAGUUUCUUAGAAGAGGGACCUGUAUUCUUAUAUGAUAAAGGAAAAAUUGAAGAAAUGAAGGAAGUCCUGAUCAAGGUAUCAGAUAUUUAGAUUGCAAAAUUCAAUGGAAAUGACAGCUUUGAUAUCGAUAUUAAAGAUUUAAUGGAAAAAAAUAAUACCAAAAAAGGCAGCUUCGGGGAACUUUUUAAAGCUCCAUUAAGCACUGUAACGUUUAGCUUGACAACAAUUUUCUUUUUGACAUUUUUAAGCUUGCAAGGUAUCAUAAUGUUCAUGCCGAAAAUUAUAGUCACUGAAAAUAAACUUGAAAAAUAUGUUUUGCUAUCAUUCCAACAAGUCUGUGGACUACCUGGAAAAUUUUUAGGUGCUAAAUUAAUUGAUACUUCAUUAGGUAGAAAACUCACAACUGUGCUCAGUUUCUUUUUGGUAGCCGUGACACUAUUCGGGUUCUCUCUAGCUUCUGGAUUUACUGAAUAUAUUAUUGCAAGCUUUGCCUUCGGAAAUGCUGUGAAUUUAUCUGUAUCUUGCUUAUAUGCAAUAACCCCUGAAAGCUACCCUCCAAGUAACAGAUCUCUUGCAUUUGGAUUUAUGAUGGGGAUAUCCAGAAUAGGAGCUAUGAUAAGCUCUAUGACAACUGGGAAAAUGCUUGAUAAGCAUGGAAUUUCUGCUACGCUGAGCUAUAGUGCUUUUAUUUUUGUAUUGGCUGGCUCAGCAAGUUUGAAGCUAAAAGAAACUCGUGAUGAUGUGAAAUUGAAGAGUAAAUAA